AUGUCCGAAGAUCCCGGGACUUCACCCACAGGGGACAUCUCAGAGGAUGAAAGUUUGAGACCACAGCGAUUUAUUUCCAACUGCAGUGACUCCGACACGGACGAGUAUUUGAAGGACGUGGCAGGAUUUGUUAAGAACGUGAGAUAUGAUCUUAUUUGCGAAGAACAGGAAGAGGAGCUUCACUUUUCGGAUAUCGGGUGGACAGAUUCACAGCUGGAGGGUUUGGGACUACUAGCCUCACUGUCUGAAUUCAUGUCCAAAAUUUUCUCUGCGUCAGAGACCACACAACUGAAACUACAGUUUGCCUCCUCAGUCCUCGCCCAGUUCUUCAAAGUGUGGGCCGUGUCAGCUGGACACGCUUUUCUACCCUGGUACUACGUACUAACGAUGCCACCUCUGAUAGCGUGGCGGGUGUACACCUACACCCAACAGCAGUGGCAGUAUUUCUGUCUGGAUUACUGCUACUUUGGAAACCUGGCAAUCUUCCUCAUCCUCCUCUUCUUCCCGGGAGAUCCUGAGUUGUUUAUCCUCCAGUUCUGUAUUGCUAACGGGCUGCUCUACACUGGGGCCUUCUCCUUCAGAAACUCUCUCGUGUUCCACAGUCUGGAUAAGAUGACCUCCACCUACAUUCACAGUGCGCCAGUGUUGUUGGUGUUCGGCAUCAGAUGGUUCCCGGAGCAAGCCUCAACGUUCUGGCACACAGCCUUCCCCCAGACCUUCCUUGUGUGGAAUGUCAAGUGGAAUAUACUCGCACCCCUCGCUUUUUCGGCUGCUCAUGCUAUUUUCUACACGGUGUUGGUGUAUGGAAUACUGAAGCCUAAGGAAAAUAUCAUAACCUCAUUUCGGUACCUGAAGGCAAAGAAAAGUACAAAAGCCAUCUUCGGCCCAAACCCCAGCUUCAUCUCAUUUCUCAUUGUACAAUUUGGGAUAGUUUUGGUGAUGACAGGGGUAACUGUACUUACCUACACCUACUUUUAUUUGCAUCUUCUGCAAAUCCUGGUCCUUGUGGCGGUUGUUACUUGGAACGCUGCCAACUUUUAUGUGGAUGUCUUUCGGGUUUCCCUAAGUAAGACGAAAAAAUCUUGAACAAAAUCUGGGGGAUUUUCAAUUUUGACUCCCUGACUCUAUUUUUAGCCUGCACUACUACCUACUACCUAGAUUGUAUUCCAAUCUACAGAUGUUGUUCAUGGUUAUAAAACUACAGGAGCAAUAUUUUUCUUCAGCGUAUGGCGUAGCGAAAGAUCAAUUCAAGAAUUUAGUAUAGCUUAUAGUUAUCGGACCUUAUUUGAACGGACAUUAAUUGAACGCUGGAGGUCAUAGCGUUUAACUUUAUCUUAAUGUCCGUUCAAAUAAAGUCCGUCCGUUUAAGGUCCAUCUAAGUUUAAGUCUGUUGAGAUUUUUUCCAAAAUUAUUCCACUGCGAACUCAUGUUUAGGAUAUUACAACUUUUAAAUGUC